AUGACUUUAAACCAGGAAGGUACUUCUAUCUAUAAUUUGUCUCACCAUAUUCCGACAGAUACAAUUACUAUUCCCUCUGUUGCAACUAUAUCAGCUACCAACACGAUCACUGACAAGAAGAAAAGUAUGACUAAAACAAUUAUUAACAUCGGUGGAAGAUCCUCUAAGUUAGCAGUAAUACAAUCUGAAUCAGUUAAGCACUUGAUCGAAUCAAAUACAGAUAACCAAUAUCAAUGCAAUAUUAUUUCUAAAAAAACCCUAGGUGAUCAAAUCCAAUUUAAACCAUUGUAUUCCUUUGGUGGCAAGUCUCUAUGGACAAAAGAGUUGGAGGACUUAUUAUAUUGCGGUAAGGAGUCGAAUCUUGACCAUUCAUAUUGCAUCGACAUAAUUGUUCAUUCCUUAAAAGAUAUGCCUACUAAUCUGCCUGAUAAUUUUGAAUUAGGUUGUAUUGUGAGAAGAAUCGACCCCACUGACUGUCUUGUCUUCCCACAAAACUCUAUAUAUAAAACUUGGGAUGAUUUACCUAAUGAUGCUGUGGUUGGAACAAGUUCGAUUAGACGUUCGGCUCAAUUGAAAAGAUUGUUCCCGAACUGGAGAUUCAAGAACAUUAGAGGUAAUAUACAAACAAGAUUAAGUAAAUUAGACAGUUUACCAGCUAAUCCAAAUGAGAGACAUGAAUUUGACGCUAUUGUACUAGCUUCUGCCGGUCUUAUCCGUUUAAAUUUACAAAAUAGAAUAUCUCAAAGGUUACCUACAUAUCAUGCUGUUGGUCAAGGUGCUUUAGGUGUUGAGAUAAGGAAAAAUGACCAAAGAAUUAAAUCAAUUUUAAAAACUAUAGAAGACAUAGAGUCUACUGUCUGUUGUCUAGCGGAAAGAUCUCUUCUACGUACUAUGGAAGGUGGUUGUUCUGUACCUAUUGGGGUGACAUCUUCUUAUAAUGCUGAGCAGAAAGAAUUAACUUUAAAUUGUAUUGUUAUUGACUGUGAUGGUGUUGACUUUGUGGAAGAUUCAAUGACUGUGCAUAUUCAUGACAUGUAUAAUGAUUCAAUUAAAUGUGGUAAAGAUUUAGCCACUAAGAUGAUGAAUAAUGGUGCUAGAGAAAUUUUGGAGACGAUCAAUGCAUCUAGAUAUUUGUAA